ACCUUACGGUCAGCUGCAAGGAACUGAUGUCAUCCGUCGGCACGGUGCAGUGCUUCACGUCAAAAAUGUCAAAUGGCAACUGUAAAAUUGCAAGUUAGAGGGAUGCUCUAAUGUUAUCAGCAGGUCAUGAAUGGUCAUCCAGUCUUGGAGUAUUGUCCAAUAUCAGUCUGCCGGUAGCUGCAACAGUGCAAGAAAGCCAGGCCAUAUCACGGCCACACGGGGUGUUUCCUGCACAACUUGAGCUACACUGCCCAGUCUUCCGGCCCUGGUAGGAUGUCAUGAAAUGAGGUAUAAUGAAUACCCACGAGGCCGUAGAUUUCUCCGUCCACGGUCUUCGUCGUGUGGCGUGUGUCGACUCCGGCAGGCACAGGUCCUGUUUCUGUGUCUCUUCUCUGUCAUCAGUAUACUGUAUCUGAACAGUCGUGUGGACCCCGAAAAGACAGGUCAAAAGGGAAAAGAAAGAAGUUGGAAGUUGGGGAAUGUCUUCCGUAUAGUCCGAGGGGAGGACAUGUCAGACUCUGCUGUCUUUGUCUCCUUCAAGGGAGGGAGAAAGGGAGAAUUGACAUUCAGGAAAAAUCCUCGUUUUACGGAAUCUAAAUGUCCAAGCUCACUUCAGCACAAGCUGCGCAAUAACAGCUGGUCUUCCAGCCUGUAUGCCCCGGCCAUUCAUAUGCUAAUGAACAGCCAGCUGCUCAACCAAUCAGAAUACAAUCGACUCCGGCCAUAUUUCAUGCCAUUCGGCUACCGCACAAAGUCCCGGUUUGGAUACAAAGAUAUUAUCAAAACCCUACGGCUGUUUCCUGCCAAGCAGUCAAUCUUCAAUUUUGUCAACAGUCAACGGCCGCAGUGUAUGACGUGUGCCGUGGUUUGCAAUGGCGGUAUUCUGAAUGGGUCGAGAAGAGGCCGCGAGAUUGACGGUCAUCACAUGGUCCUUAGGCUGAACAAAGCAGUGCGCCGAAAACAUGAAAUGGACGUUGGAAACCGAACGACCCAUUAUUUCUUCUUUGAUCGUUCCUUGCGGGAGACAUUGCCAGAUGACGUCCCCAAUGAUAAGGGUAUGAUGUACAUCUUUAUUCCAUGCCGAGAUAAUGACUACAGAUACAUCCGCAACGUCGUUCACAACAAAGAACCAAAGAUCAAUGCCAGCGCCGAGGAUAUCCGAAUUCUGCACCCAGAUUUCAUCAGAUACAUUCACAAAAUUUGGGUGAGAAGUCACCUUCGAGCGUUCCGUCCGACCACGGGCACCAUCAUGCUCUUCACGGCGCUGUUCGCGGGCUGUGACCAGGUAAGUGUGUACGGCAUGGGCUACAACGAUAACUUCACCUUGUAUUACUACGACGAAGAGUUCCGCCUCUUCAAGAUGGCGAAGAACAGCCAUGACACCAAAAGCGAACUGAAGAUUCUUAAAAGAUUAGAUCAGAUGGGGGCCAUACAGUGGUACCAACGCGGUAUUUCAGAUUUCUUCCACUAGAGUGCUCAGUAUUUAACUCUCUCAGUGCCAAAGUCGUACAUGUACGAGGUUUAUUUGUUAGUUAGAAAUUGCCAACCAUGAACAUGUACGAGGUAAUGUUCGUACUUAAAAUCGCCAAACCUUGUACAUGUACGAGGUAAUGUUCGUACUUAAAAUCGCCAAACCUCGUAGAGUAAGCAUGUUAUCACAAGGGGGCGCUCUCGCUCUUUCAAAUAAUAUCAUUUCCAUUCAGGUACGACCGGUAUUUAUUUGUUUCAUUCGAGUUCUUGCGAGAGGGCGCAGCACUGACUCUCGUAUUUUCUGCAAAAAGUGCGGAAUUCCCCUGUGUGCAGGACAGUGUCUCAGGGUGUAUCACUAUGUUCGUGACUACUUUUGACUUUUUAAUGUACCAAGGAUAUUCCUAAGAGCAAUAGCCAAAAAUUGAGUGAGUAAAACUUGUUUUUACUCUUUUUUUUUUUUUUUACAGAAUUUUGAACAAUUAAAAAAACGCUCGAAGUUGGGCACU